AUGCGCCAGACGGGCCCCCCAGCACAGAAUAGCAUCCCCUCAUCAUCGGGCAAGCUCAGGAAACGGAGAUGGACCCGUGAAGAGCUGCUCAGAAGCCUUGAGUUGCUGGGAAAUCUCUCUGCACCUUUGCCCCACACCCUGCCACAUUCCCCUCCCGCAUCUCGGUCCUCUUCGCCGGUCCCUGGCUUCAAGCGCAAAGCAGACUCUUCAUCCGAUCCAGACACUGCCAAGCGUCCCAGGACGAACUCUUUCUCUGACCGCCAGCGCCGCCAGCCUCUACCUCAACAGUCCCAUCACUCUCACCAUGAGCAGCCGCAACAGCCCCAUCACCCUCAUCCCACCCAACCCCCAUCAUCUCAUCUCCGAGCAGCCUACUCUUCUACAAACCCUUCACGCCCAGAACCCUGUGAGGAUGGCGAGGUCCGAGAAGAACCCAUCAUCGCUUCCUCUUCCGCAUCAAUGUCAUCACAAGGCCCCGCCACAAACGUUCCCAUCCGCCGCCCGAGAAAGGGAAAGCCAUCCUUGCGUCAUUUUGACAACUUACAUGACAAGUACCACAGUGCUGGGCGAAUGCUAAAGUAUUCCGGUGAUGCUCGUUUCUGGUCGACCUACUCUGCGACACACAAGGAAUACAGACCACUGCCCGACCCGCCACCACCGGGUUCGUCGUACCAUAAGCAUGGUGGCUUGAUUGCUCGCUUGGAACUCGUAGAUGCGUUGGUUUGUUUCACAUACUCAAUGUGGAAUAGGGACUACAGCCGCCGCUUUUGCAACAGCGAUACAUGGGGUACCAUCGAAGCCUUCCUUGGCUGGUGCAAGCAGAAAUGGCAAGCCGAAGAAGGCAUCAGUGAUGCGGAGAAGGCGUUUCUUGGAUUGAUUUGGAUGAUCGAGUCCUGUAUACAAGGGCGGAAAGUGGUCUACUCCAUGCGACAGAGUGUGGAAGCUGAUGUGGACCAUCUCGUGAAUCGUGUCAAAGCUAAAAUUGCGACCGCUGCGGAAAUAGCUUUGAAGACUGGCCCCAGUCCAAAGUCGCAGCCCACGCCGCCAAUGCUCCCUUCUCCAGCGAGCAUCGCCGCGCCUAAUAGCGCAAAUUCAACGCCCACAAAUCGAGAUAGUGAUACUCCCAAUGUCUCUAGUGGUCGCCUGGACGCUGCACCGGCACAGCCUGCUACGGCUCGUCCACGUUUUUCGGGUCCCGCCCUCGUUCCAAUUCCUCUGAUACCCGAGUACCUCGUUAAAAGCCCCGACCCUAUACCAGAGCAUGUCAUGCUAGCCAUGGCCGCAGUCACGGAUCCCGUUGGUCCAGUGUUUGUCCAGGACAUGAAAGAUGUUACCAAUCGGUUGACAUCGGCCGGCUGGUGCAUGACUAAUGGACAGGCAACCCUCAAUCUUCCAGUCCUAAAGCGAUGCUUUCCAACGACGUUCGCGCGAAUAAUAUAUACGUCCCUGUUGCCCACCGAGGAGCACGAACCUGAUUUCGAGGACGAGGAGGGCGAGCUCUUUUGGCCUGGUCAGAUUAUCACAGGCGAAGGCCUUGGUUGGCUCUGCCUCAUGGGAAAGGCGAUGAUCCUUGAGUUUGGCAAAGCCUAUGAUUACAAGGGACUGAACGGUGUAGUCCCGAAACCGGAGCAGGCUGAAGCUGGAUCCGUUGGUCCGCCUCCUCAAGCGCAAUAUCGAUCUAAUGUGACACCUCAAGGACACCACCCACCCCCAUCCCUGGCAUACAAGUGGUAG